AUGUGUCAUUGCGCCCACGUAGAGGAACCGGCUUUCACCCUAUGGCGACCAGAAGACAAAAAACGUCCGACACCUCUUAGGUCAGGUUCCAGUGAGGUCUAUCGACCCGACAUUCUCGAGACGAUUGAGGCCAAAAUCAAGGAGUUAAGCAAGGAGCUGAGGACAGUUAGUCUCGACAUUCAUGCGCACCCUGAGCUCGGAUUUGAAGAAUUCUAUGCACACGAUGUGUAUACCGAAUUUAUGGCUCAGCACGGUUUUGAAGUGACGAAACAUUUUCAUUUGCCAACGGCGUGGCAAGCCACCUUUACUCAUGGAGUCAGUGGGAGGACUGUUGGAAUCAAUUCUGAGAUGGAUGCUCUGCCAGGCAUCGGUCAUGCCUGUGGUCAUAAUCUGAUUGGUAUAUCAGGCGUCGCAGUUGCAUGCGCAAUCAAGGCCGCUCUCGAGAAGCACGACAUUUCUGGGAAAAUCAUCCUUCUUGGAACUCCCGGUAUGGCUUCAUUUGCUGUCGCACAUUCCACCAACUUACUCGAAAGUGAAUCAACAGCAGAGGAGAGUGGUCAUGGUAAAGUAAAGCUGCUUGAUUGUGGUGCCUACGAAGAAAUGGAUGUCUGUUUAAUGUGUCAUCCUUCUCCUGGUCCUAUCGGAUCAGUCAGCCUCACCAGCUGUCUGGCACUCAAGGAAAUUGAAGUAGAAUAUAAGGGACGCAAUGCGCAUGCGGCUCUUUCUCCCUGGGAAGGAAGGAACGCACUCGAUGCUGCGGUGCUGGCGUACAACAAUAUCUCCGCACUACGUCAGCAGCUCAAACCUACCCACCGGGUUCAGGGCAUCUUUGAAGGCAAAGACUGGGCACCGAACAUUAUUCCUGACCAUUCCAAGUUCUCAUGCCUUAUUCGUGCACCCACACGUGAGGAGAUGGAAGAGACCGCCAAGCGCGUGGUACCAUGUUUUGAGGCAGCGGCACUUGCCACAGGAUGCGAAGUGACCAUCACCUUCCCUGGUGCUGUGUACGAUGUGCGCCAAAACAGAGCCCUAGGCGAUAAUGUCGCAAAUAUCGUCCUGAACAAGUAUGGAAGCAUUGACUACAAGUAUGGAAUCGCCAGUGCCUCAACAGAUUUCGGGAAUGUGACUUACGCACUCCCCUCCCUUCAUCCAGGCUUUGCCAUCCCGACAGAGGUGAAUGGAGGAAACCAUACGCCCGCUUUCGCAAGAGCAGCCGCGACUAUCGAAGCGCACAACGCGUGUCUUGACGUGUCCAAGGCAUUGGCGGCCACUGGUGUCCGGGUGCUAGCUGAUGACGAGUUCUUCGCAAAGGUGCAAAAGACGUUCAAGGAAGAUGAGAUUUUACGCAGACCUCUUUGA